AUGGUCAAAUUCCUGAUCCUCGCUAGCUGCAUCGCAGCAGCCUUCUCAACCGCUACUGCCUCAAACCUCCUGCAGGAACAAAACAUCCCUCUCAAUCUCGCCGUCGAGAUCGCCCAGAACGCAGUCCAAGCUUGCGCCAAACAACAGUACAGCGUUUCCGCAGCUGUUCUCGACCGCGAGGGUGUUCUGCGAGCCCUCCUUCGCGCCGAUGGCGCAGCCAUCCACACGCCAGAGGCGGCACGUCGCAAGGCCUAUACAGCUGCAUCCGCACGUACGGUGACCAGUGCCAUGGUCAAGAACAUCCAGAAUCCCGGUGCCGCCCAGCUCGUCGCAAUUGACGAUUUCUUGAUUCUUGCCGGAGGUGUGCCGAUUAAGGUUGGCAAUGAGACGAUCGGUGCUAUUGGCGUUGGCGGUGCUCCUAGCGGAGAUUUCGAUGAGGCUUGUGCCCAGGCUGCACUUAAGCAGGUGGCGGACAAGUUGCAAUAG